UCUACAACUAACUUCUGCUUAUUAAUUUUUACUUAAAAGUUAGGUUAUAUCGUUAUCGUUUCGUAUCAACAAGUGCAUUAUUUUGAUUUUUUGUUUAUGUUUUGCUUUAAUUACUUUAUUAUGGGCGAUCAAGAUCAAAGAAAAAAAACUCGUUCGGCAAAUUAUACGCACCAAGAAAAAAAUUUGCUUUUAAAUAUUAUGUUAGAAUAUAAAACUGUUAUUGAGUCUAAAAAGUCCGAUGCGGUUACUUGGAGAGAUAAAGAGGAGGCAUGGAAAAAAAUAACUGAUAUUUUUAAUACUCAGUCUCGUACUGGAAUAUUUCGACAUACAGCGUCACUCAAAAAAGCAUAUGAAAAUAUAAAGAAGUGUACAAGGAAGGAAGUUGCUGAUGAAAAGGCAUCUCUAAUUCGCACAGGUGGAGGAAGAUGUGAAGUCAACACUAAUCCAAACCUGGAUUUGGCUUUGGAAAUAAUAAAUCAGAAAACUGUAUAUGGCUUGAAGAAUAAGUAUAGCGACGUAGAAGAAUUAGAUCAAGUCGACUGUGACAAUGUGCAGGAAAACGUAUAUAUGGAAGAAAUAGAUGAUGACACAGCCAUACUUCUGCAAGUUGUUGAGGAUGAUGAGGAUAAUACCGAAAAUAAUAAAACGGACUGGGGUAACUAUAAACCAGAAGAUUUUAAGAAACCUUUACAUCCAAAACUAUUACCAAAAGCAAAAAAAAUUGAAUCGUCAUCAAGGAAGGUGCCUUUGAAUGAAACUACAGCUACUGAUGAUAAUAAUUUAUUUUCAACAUCACAUUGGACUAGUAGGAAUAGACCUAUUAUUUCUACUUUAGCUUCUUCUGAGUUAUCGAAAAAAUACAAUAAGCUUGCCGAACUGAAAAUUGAAUUGGUACAAGUAGAAUUAGAUAGACUUAAAGCUGAACAGGAAAUUAAAAAAGAAAGAGAUUUAGUAGAAUUUGAAUUGAGAAGGAAAUCUUUAGAACUGGACUUGAAAAUUAAACACAUUUUUAGAAAAAAUCUCAGGGUCUUCAGGAGUGAAUCCAUUUAGUUUUAUUUUUAAUUCUUAGCUUUAUUAUUCUUCUGAUAAAUUGAGUGGUAGACUUAUAACUUGAGAUAUGUUUAUAUGUUUUUUAGAAGUUUAUUUUUGUCAAGUUUGUAAUAAAAUGAUUAGUUUCUCUAGUAUGUGUAUCACAAUUUGUCUUAAAAGAACUAUUUU